CUACUCGGCUUUUGCAUUUGCAUUCAUCUGAAAAUCAGCCUUACAUCUACUCAUUUCUUGCAUAAGCUCAUUAUGGACAUGACCAUCUCGGAUAAGGAGAUCUCCCUGGCUACAGCUAGCGCCUUGUACUCAGGCGUACCACUCGAGCUCAACAAAACCAAUUCAUUCCGUCUGCUCGAAGUCCUGCCAGGCGGUCCCGGUGACCCUGUCGCCGUCCAUUUACUCGAAAGUGAUCUCAGCAAAGGCCCCAAAUAUGAGGCAGUCUCUUAUACAUGGGGCGAUCCGUCCACAAAGCAGGUUAUCCAAGUUGAGCGUUCAUGGACGAGCAGCAACACAGACGCCUUGCAACCUGCGACCACCAGCUUCGAGGUCACGGUCAACUGCUACAAUGCCAUCCGCCGCCUCCGCAGCGCCGCAGAGAAACGGGUCCUCUGGAUAGACGCCAUUUGUAUCGAUCAGAGAUCCACCCGGGAAAAGACCCAUCAGCUUAGUAUCAUGGCGCAAAUCUAUAGCAGUGCUUCGCAGGUGCUGGUACAUCUUGGGGAGGCUGCCGAUGAUAGCGACGCGGUGAUGGACUGGAUCAAUGAGCUUUAUGAGCCUUCUGACUACGGUCAAUUGUCAGACAGCUCUAGUCGCUAUCAGCCAGAUAAUGAGCUUAUCCACAAGUUCCUAUGUCGCCCUUGGUUUCACCGCAUUUGGGUGCUGCAAGAGAUCGCGCACGCGACGUCAGCGACUGUGUACUGCGGCAGCAAGGAGUCGAGCUGGGCAAGUCUUCAGAAUUUCAAGCAAUGGGGUAUCUCGUCAGCGUUCCGCCACUCCAAGGAUAUUCGAUAUGGCUCGUUCUCGCAACGUCUAAUGGGGAAAUUGGCGGAAACCAGACACUGCCAGGCCUCGGAUCCCAGGGACAAGCUAUUUGCCAUUCUGCCACUUCUGGACCUAGAAACAAGAGUAGCUGCUGAGACGGAGAAUUGGCGGUUGAAAGAUCCCGAACAACAGCAGAGUGACAGGAAUAAGCUGGCAGACAAGAAAAUACUUGAUUAUCGUCUUCCGGUGUCGAAGGUCUUCACAGAAUUAAGCCUGUACCUGCAAGAAAAUCUCGGCGUGGCCUCUAUCCUUGCAAAAGCAGGAGGGUCAUAUCAGUUACCAGGGCUACCUUCAUGGGCGCUGAGCUGGGAGAUGGGGAGGCAGCCAAGAGCUCUGACUGAUACUCGCCACUACAUGCCUCAAGGUAGGCAGGAAUGGACUGCUUCGUGGCUCGAGGAUGAUGGCUUGACGAGCCCCACCAAACUCGAAUUAAGGGCAGCCCGCCUCGGCACUAUAUGCGCGGUGGGUAUUAAAUGUGACAUAGGAGAGGGCAUAUUUCCUCUGGCACAAUGGAGAAGGCUGGUGAGGGAACACAAGCCCGAGUAUCUCACCGCGACCUUUGCCUCACAGUACACUCGGCGGCCUUGGCUCUCGGCAUUCACACUGUUAUUAUCUCACGAUAACGCCGUCUACGAUAAACCUCUCAUGGCAGAAGAAGGUGCUGAUUUUGUGGAGAUGGAAGCGAACCCAACCGUGCUAGGGAGAAGAGGAGGGAGAAGGGACAAAGGGCUUGAUAUGGGACAGCCCGCGGAGAAGCAAUCCCUGAUCGCCAAACUUAGGUCUAUAGUGGCGAGCGGAGGAAGCCCUGCACAGAUUUCCAAAAGGAUGAUCCUCGCCUGCGAGGGCCGAAGUCUGGUGCUCACGGACACGGGGCUCAUGGGCCUCGCUAUCAACGACGCAAAGGUUGGCGAUGUCCUUUAUGCAGAUCUAAAAUUGCAUCGCGCAUUUACAUUUAGACGAUGUGAGACACCACGUGCGGUGGAUCCCCUAAGCAACAACUUUACGCUCGUUGGCGAUUGCUAUGUUCAUCGAGCUUCGUCGGCAGAUCGUUUCUGGCCCUCGGAUGGCGACGAGACAGAAGUUAGAAAGCUGGUGAGAAGUUGGAUAGAUCAGGAGGAGAAGAGGUACAGCAGAGAGGAAGACAUCGUUAUUUGGUAG